CUGCUGCCCUACUGUAUUCUACGCGUCCUUGUUGUCCCCAACGUCCCGCGUCAAUCAAUUUCCACGGUCCAUGCGUGCAGACGCGGUCAACACUCCUCUCGCAACGCGCAUUCGAGGCAGAUGGCCGAUAGCGAUGCCUUCGACGACGACGGCUUCGACGACUCAGCAUUCCUGGCCGCCGCCUCGCAGGCCGAGCAAGAAACAUGUCCUCCAUUCCGCCCAUCGCCACGGCCACUGAAACGCCAGAAACUAGCCCAGGCCAACGACCCGAUCCAGAAGAUUCCGCCAAGAAAACAACAACAUCGCAACAACCCCUUCAUUACCGACGACGAAGACGAAUCCGGGGAAAAUGGAGACAUUUCCACCACCGGGAAGAGAAGGCGAAGUUCGCGUCCCAAAAAGGAUCAUGACGUGCAGGAUGACGAGUCGUCGACCACCAAGAAAGAAACCGUCGCAGACAAGAGGAAGAACAGGAUUCACGUGCCCACUGUAAAUCUGGAUUUAACCGAUGCUUUCUGCUCCCAACUGCCUCAGGAGCCCUCGCCCCCGUGGAAACCCCGUGGUGCGAUAUGGCAAAAGCCAUCCACCAGUAUUGGUGUGCACCAGACCACCUUGACGGCAUCGCGGUCAUCCAAUGUAACCAAAACGGCAACCCUAACGGAAAAGGUCGUAUUUCCACCUAAGCCACCCACAUUGGCCAGCCGGCCUGCACCACCUCCAAAGUAUGACCCAACACAAGAUCUAGAUGAUCUGGGGGAUCUGCCUUCGGAUGCAUUUGCAUCGUCACCCUUCUCGUCUGCCGAUUUGGAAGAUGUUGUGGUCGUGUCGGAGACACGAAAAGAAGUGGUCGCUCCCCGGAACGGUCUGCGGCAAACAACGCUCUUUGGGCGCCCGACCGUGGACGGCGUGAUUCCACAGUCGCAAGUCAACAAACGAUACAACUUCGUCAAAGAUCGAAAAGCGGAACCUCCUACCCAUCACAAGUUGGACCCUGAAGCGAUCAAGACCUGGGUGUAUCCCACCAACUUGGGAACCAUUCGAGACUACCAAUUCAAUAUUGUUCAUCGUGGUCUAUAUCACAACCUUCUCGUCGCUCUACCGACUGGUCUGGGGAAAACAUUCAUCGCUGCCACCAUAAUGCUCAACUAUUUCCGAUGGACUACCGAAGCACAGAUUGUCUUUGUCGCCCCUACAAAACCCCUCGUUGCGCAGCAGGUAGAUGCUUGCUUUCACAUUGCCGGCAUUCCUCGUUCGCAAACAACCAUGUUGACAGGUGGUGUCACUCCGGCAACUCGAAAGGAGCAAUGGGAGACCAAGAGAGUGUUUUUCAUGACCCCCCAGACGCUGAACAACGACCUCAAGAUGGGCUAUGCUGAUCCAAAAAAGAUUGUCUUGCUGGUCGUGGACGAAGCACAUCGUGCGACAGGCGCCUAUGCGUACGUAGAGGUCGUGAGCUUCUUGCGGCGGUUCAAUUCCAGCUUUCGCGUCCUCGCGCUGACCGCCACUCCGGGUGCCGAUGUAGAAGCUGUGCAAACAGUCAUCAACGGUCUUGACAUAUCGAGAGUCGAGAUUCGUACCGAGAAGUCCAUGGACAUAUCUAGAUAUGUCCAUCAACGCAAAAUCGAGAAGCAUGUCUUUGCUAACAGCGAGGAGAUGGAGAUGUGUAUGGACUUGUACGACAAAGCACUGGAGCCGUGCUUCAAAAAGGUGGUCGGAACUGGCAUGUUCUAUUCUCCCAAUCCCCGUGAUGUUACACCUUAUGGGUGCACACAAGGUAGAAGAUCUUGGUUUCAAGGGGCUGGAAAGGACGCCAACCAAGGUUAUAAGAACAUGGUCAACACCAUCAUAACGGUUCUGGCGUCAAUAUCACAGUCAAUGGAGUUACUCAAAUUUCAUGGGAUCGGUCCGUUCUACACGAAGUUGAAGGAUUUUCGUGACUCGCAGGCCGAGAAAAAGUCCAAGUACAAGAAGGAGAUAUGCGACAGCGAGCACUUUAAGACGCUUAUGAACAGACUAAGUCUGUGGAUGAACGACGAGAAUUUCGCAGGGCACCCCAAGCUCGAGUACUUACAACAGGUAGUCUUGGAACAUUUUGUUAAUGCAGCCGAAAACGGAAAUCCUGCGGACGGCACUGCUGUACAAACCCGAAUCAUGAUUUUUGCACACUUUCGAGACAGUGCCGAAGAAAUUGUCCGGGUGCUAAAAAAACAUGAACCGAUGAUCAAACCUCAUGUGUUUGUUGGUCAGCAGAACUCCAAGAACUCUGACGGCAUGGACCAAAAAACCCAGCUAGCGGUUAUUGAGAAAUUCAAGAACGGAGUUUACAAUACCCUGGUCGCUACCUCUAUUGGCGAGGAAGGUCUCGAUAUUGGUGAGGUUGAUCUCAUCAUCUGCUACGACUCGAAAGCUUCGCCGAUUCGAAUGCUGCAACGCAUGGGUCGAACGGGACGAAAAAGAGAAGGCAAGAUCAUCAUGCUACAAAUGCAGGGCAAAGAGGAAAACGACGCAGCCAAAGCCAAGGACAGCUACGAAAAGAUGCAGGAACUUAUCGCCAAAGGUGACAGCUUCGCAUUCCAUGAUGACGUUUCAAGAAGAAUCAUACCGCCUGAUGUCGAACCUGUCGUCGAUCGCCGGCCAGUUGAGAUUCCUUUGGAGAAUUCCCAGGCGGAUUGGCUUCCCGAACCGAAGAAGGGACGCGGAGGCAGGGCGCCGAAGAAGCCAACAAAGAAAUUCCACAUGCCCGAUGGUGUUAUAACAGGCUUCGUCACUGCGAAUCGAAUGGAUGAGGAGGUCAAAUUGACAGGGCGGCCCAAGAAGGCUGUCAAAGUAUAUCCGAGCGAAGAAGUGCUGCCAUGGCCCUCGCUGGAAGAAGUUGUGCUGGACGAAGCGGCCACCAAAGAUCUAGAACGUCGCUUUCAAACUGUUUAUGACGACGAUGAAGCUCCGAUUGUGGGCCCAGUUGACUUCAAUGCGCAGUUGGACCAUCAGCGCGCUCUGACAAAGACACACAUUCUACGAAAGCAUGGUAGCAAGACGCAAUCGUUUGUUGAUAUGCUUCAACGAAUACACCACAUGGAUGAUGAUCGUAUUGAUACGUUCGAGCGAAACCUUCACAGGUCUGAUUGGAAAUCGAUGCCUGAGCACGUAGUAGUGUCAGAUACCGAGCCAGUCAGCAUUGCUGACCCCCCAGUGGAUGAUGAUUUGUGGGCAGAUGAUGAUCCUGCAUCACAACCAAUGCCCAAAAAGAAAGCAGCAACGGCCAAAUCAACAACCAAAGCCACUACAACAUCCAAAAAACCCGCUGUUUCCAAGCCUAUCGUUUCCAAGGCUGCCGCUCCCAAGACUGUCGCUCCCAAAGCCGCCCCUAAAGCAGUCCCCAAAGCAGUCGCCCCCAAACCUGUCGCUUCAAAGGUAGCAGCCGGUCCUGAACGCCGUAAAAAGACCGCACCCAUCGAGGCAGCUACGCCUGUGCGUAAAUCGAAGACGACGUCGAAAAAGACCAAAAAGCAGACGCCCGACUGGCGCGUAUGUGAUGCUGCAGGGGAGGGAGCUUCAUCUUCACCACCACCCACAGAUCCCCAAAUGAGAUUUGCAUCUCAAGCUGAGACGCUGGGUUCCGACGAUACUGUUGGGGGAUAUGAACCUCAAGAUACCCAGGCUUAUCGGUUAGACUCGGACCUCAACAGCUUCAUCGCAGAAGACGACGAGGACGCGGAAGUGCAAAUGUCGGACACGAGCCUCCCCGAACUGAAUCUAAGUGGUGUUGGAAGCGGAACACAAGCGAUUGUGAAAGCUAGCAAACCCAGACGUCAGAAGAUAGCGGAGAAGAUUUUCACAAGUGACAUUACAGACAAUGAUGCCCGAGUCAGCAGCGACAGCGAUGACGAGGUGCCCAUCAAUCCUAGAAGAAGAGUGCGAAGGGUGAUUGACGAUGAUGACGACGAUGAAGACGAGUAA